UUAUAUUGCGCAAUGAUGUAUUGCUGACUUUAUUUAUUUUUUAAAGUGGCAUUAAAAGUCAUUGUGACUGACAUGGAUUGGCGUUGGUUUUCGCCGCCAAGAUGUCUGCAAGGCACGGCCUCUCCUGGUUUACAGCCCGGCUAUGGAACGAAGCAGCGGCCCAUGUGACUUCUGACGUUUCAGGCGAGUCCUACUAAAAAGAAUGUGAGGGAAUGAUCCUGCUGCUCACCAAGGGAUCCACGGUGGCUUCCUGACGUCUGCUUUAAGGAAGUCCGAAAGUUUGCCUUCUUACCGACUUUUUUUUUUUUUUUUUCAUCCGGUAGACGUGAUGUUUGGCGAAAACAACGAGGGACAAGAGGCUAUGAGCGUUUACUCUGUAACCCUCAGCGGCCCAGCGCCUUGGGGCUUCAGGCUGCAGGGUGGCAAGGACUUCAGCAUGCCGCUCACCGUGUCAAGGCUGACCCCGGGCGGUAAGGCGGCUCAGGCUGGUGUCGGGGUAGGAGACUGGGUGGUGUCCAUCAGUGACACUAAUGCAGAAGACAUGACCCAUGUGGAGGCACAGAACAAGAUCAGAGCAGCAACAGACUCCCUUACCCUCGCCCUCAGCAAAGCUUUCAAAGCGGGUGGAGAGCAGAAGGACUCACUCGCGCCGGCUUCUGUGCAGCCAAAGUACUCCUUUGCCCCCAGCACAACCAUUAACAAGAUGGCGAGGCCAUUUUCAGCAGGUGGUGGUAGUGCCAACUCAGGACCUGCUAUUAAACCUGUGGCCUACUCUCCUAAACUUAACACCCAAAGCUCACAGGGCCGUGCCAGUAUGCAGCAGCCACAGAAUGGAUGGAAGCUCUUGACAAAACUUGUCAAAAUCUCUAUUUAUGUUAAUGUCUCCUAUCGUCUGUCUCCCCUCUGGCAUCUUUAUACAAUCUAUUUCAACUUUGGUCUGUUCUACAGGGGUGAAGCGACUUACUAUGGUGAUGUGUGCGAAGAGUACAAGCACGGCCUCAGGGUGGAGAACUUGGCCUGUUUUAUCCCCAACGACCGCAGCAAGGAGAGGCUGAUCCAGGACACUGAGGACUGGCAGCCCCGCACCGGCACCACCCAGUCCCGCUCCUUCCGCAUCCUGGCCCAGCUCACAGGCACCGACUUCAUGCAGGACCCAGAUGAUGAAAUCAUGAAGAGGUCCAGCCAAGUGUUUUGCUGUAACUCCAAAACAAAUGUCCUUGUUUUGUUUCCCCCUGGCCCAGGCUCCAAGACUGCAGCAGCAGCGGGCAGUUCAGGUCCCUCCGCUCGACCACCGUGGGUCACUGACCCUAAUUUCGCCGACCGCUUUCGGCCAGACAAGACCAGCACAGUCGUGACUCAGCACCAGCAGCCGGUCCAGCCGACACCUAUGCAGAACCGCAGCUCCAUACUGCAGGCUGCGCAGCACGCAGCCGAAGAUAGCGGGAGCACCCCGGUAUGUGGCGCCUGCAACAAAAUCAUAAGGGGUCGGUAUCUGGUCGCGCUGGGGCGUUCUUGGCACCCGGAGGAGUUUACAUGUUCACAGUGUAAGGCGGUCCUGGAUGAGGGGGGCUUCUUCGAGGAGAGAGGGUCCGUCUACUGCACCAAGUGCCACGAUAACCGAUACGCUCCCAACUGCGCAAAGUGCAAAAAGAAGAUCACAGGGGAAAUCAUGCAUGCCCUGAAGAUGACCUACCAUGUUCAGUGUUUCAAGUGUGCAGCCUGCAAGACUGCAAUCAGGAACCAAGCCUUUUACAUGGAGGAGGGCGAACCCUACUGUGAGAAAGACUAUGAGAAGAUGUUUGGAACCAAAUGCCAUGGCUGUGACUUUAAGAUUGAUGCCGGGGAUCGGUUCCUGGAGGCCUUGGGCUACAGCUGGCAUGAUUCGUGCUUCGUCUGUGCUCUCUGUCAAAUCAACCUGGAGGGGAAGACGUUCUACUCGAAGAAGGAUAAGCCCCUGUGCAAAGGCCAUGCCUUUGCUCCGGUUUGAGGGAGAGCGAGCUUCAUCUUCAGAGGACGAAACGCUUCUCUCUCUCUCCCUCCUCUUUGCCCCACUCCGCCCUCCGGCGCACUCGUACACAUUCUACUUCCCUUCAUUCCAACCACACACACCUAGUCGCACUCGGUCUUUCUUCUUUCCUGCAGACUUUGUUUCAAUAUUUGAGGCUUACGUUUAGCUUCACAUGCUGUUACUUUACUUUCGGACACACACAUGUUGCUGCCUGUAAUACCAAAUGCCGUGUUGUAUAACUGGAAGUAGUUAAGGAAUUGUUUCAUGUCAUCACUAACCUAUUGACUAUAUGUCCUUUGUUUUUAGAGCAGACAUUAAAAAGUGCAGCUGCAGUUAAUCUAGAUUUAAUUGUAGUUGCAACUCUACUAAUCUCAUCCUUCAAUCUGAAGUGAGAUUAAGUCGGUAUCUUGCAAGGUGAAGGAGUCAUUUAGCUUUUAAUAAUCCUACAUAUUGCAGUAAUGAUCUGCCUCUGCUCUCGUACUAAGUGUAGGGAAGUGGUUGCCCCAUUCAGGACCCUGGCUGACUCACUUACUGCAGUGGCUAUUAACAUAAUGGGGGUCCAGUCAAGCACAGAAGGGGUGUCCUAUUUCUGCUCGACUGGAACUCUGCACACCGCUCCACAGAAGCACUAACUGCAGAAUGUGCUGCGAUUUGCCAGAGCAAAAGACAGAAGUAAAGUAGUUAAUAACUGUAAUUUUGAGCCACGAAUAAUCCUCAAUUGCUCCAAUUUUAAUAGCCACACAUGUGGGUGACAAAAAGAAAGAAACAGACUUGUUUUAAAUGUUUCCCUCCCUCCCAGUCUUUUUGGAAUUAUCAUUUGUUGGACAUUUCAUUGUAAGAAAAAAAUAAAACAUAAAGAUGAUUUCCCCCCCAUGUUACAGUGAUAUUGGGAUUAUUCCUUAGAGUACUUUCUAUUCAUGGUCAAAUUAGUAUUUAUAUUGCUUCAGAAUGGGCCUGUAAGUGUUGUUUUUUUAUAGCUGUUGGACGUUUCAAAUAUAAUAAUGUAAUGGUGCCGAGCGCUGGAGCAGAACACCAGGCUGAGCACAUCUGUAAGGUUUUCUGUUGACUGAUGUUUUUGCUGUCUUUGCUCUCACCAACACCUGCUCCCCAACAAGAGGACAAUGGACUGUUUUUGCUCUGCUUCGUUGGAGCUUCGUUCCUUAUAAAUGUUUUACUUUACACGAACAGCUGUUGUAACAAAGUCCCCGGUGAAUUCCUACAAUGUUCUCUAAGUAGAAAUAAAUAAUUUUACAAUA